UCAAUUUAACGAAAUGUUGAUACGUGUAAUCGCGCCGUAAUCAGUUAUGUCGGAUGACAUUUGACAAAAUAAACAUACCGGGAACAUACUGUAAGCAAAAAUAAAUCAUGAUAUCGGUGCUACGAAGAAUUGCGCUCCCCAAACAAAUAUACAAGCUACAAUUAUUUCAAUACUCUGGCAAUGCUGAGGACUUAAAAACGAAGGAAAAUUUGAAGCCAAACGACUCGGAAACGCACUUCGGUUUCCAAACCGUAAAAGAAAGUGAUAAAUGGAAAAAAGUACACAAAGUCUUCGAAGAAGUUGCCGCAUCGUACGAUUUGAUGAACGAUGCUAUGUCUAUGGGUGUACAUCGAUUAUGGAAAGAUAUCUUCAUCGAACGAUUAUCACCCGUAGGCAAUGGCAUUCGGCUGCUUGAUAUGGCUGGAGGAACGGGAGACAUAUCGUUUCGGUAUAUGAAAUAUUUACAAAAGCUUCCAGCUAUAGAUCGAAAACCGAGUCAUGUCACGGUUUGUGAUAUCAAUCAAAAUAUGCUCGAUGUGGGUCAAAAACGUUGGGAAAAACUCAACUUGCCAAACGCCGGUGACACAAUUGAAUGGGUUUGUGCAGAUGCCGAAAAAUUACCUUUCGAUGAUUCGUCAUUCAGUGUUUACACUAUUGCUUUUGGUAUCAGAAAUUGUACUCAUAUCGAUCGAGUUCUUGCUGAAGCAUAUCGUGUGCUUCAACCUGGAGGGCGUUUCAUGUGCCUUGAAUUCAGUCAUGUCAACAACGAAUAUCUGAAAUGGGCAUAUGAUCAAUAUUCUUUUCAGGUGAUUCCACCAAUGGGACAAAUUUUAGCCAACCAAUGGCAACCGUACCAGUACUUGGUAGAGAGCAUACGAAAGUUUCCAUUACAAAAUGAAUUUAAAGUUAUGAUCGAAAACGCUGGUUUCAAAUGUGUUCAAUUCGAAAAUUUGACCUUCGGUGUUGUUGCAAUACACUCAGGAUUUAAGUUAUGAGAUGAAUGUACAUAAUACAAAAAAAAAACCGAAAUAAACUGCAUCUGGAUAGUGAUAGCAAAAAUGUAUAGAUUUGUACGCAAUAUAAUCGUUGUUAAACUUUA